AUGCAGAGCGUCCAGCGGCAUUUCGGCAGAUAUAUGAAGAGGAGCGCAGACGAACAACAGGUCUCGCUGCUUCUGAAGGAUUUUGAGGAAGCCGAUCGGCUGUUGACCAAGAUCAUCGAAGCGUCCAAAGCAUGGCGAGAAUCGUGGAUAUCCAUCCUCACCCACCAGCACCGUAUGUUCGAAGAGUUCGAGACUCUCUAUGCUCCCAUAAAGGGGGCCGGCGACGAUUACCAAGGCCAUGUGCCAGUUCAGACACCAGAGCGGAUAAUUCAACGUGCCAGCAGGAUCAAAUCGGAAUAUGCCGACUUGAAAAGAGAUCUGACCAGUGAUUUGGCCCAAGUCGACGACAGACUGAUUAGGCCGGCUCAAGAGGCGAAGGACAGCCUGCAUACGAUGCGCAAGCCGAUCAAAAAGCGGGAUGACCGCAAGUUGGACUUUGAGAGAUAUCAGAACCGCGUGGACACCGCCCUCAAGAAGACGAAGCGGUCGGAACGAGACAACGCAGCCUUAGCCAAAGCCCAGGCUGACCUCGCCGCGGCCACCGAGGCCUACUCCGCUGCCGACGAACACUUGAAAAACUGUCUUCCCCGUUUAUUGACCGCCGUCUUCUCGCUUCUCCCGCAUUUUCUGGGUGCCCAGGUCCAGAUCCAGAAUAGCUUGUUAGGUCACUACUACACCAUGCUGCACGCCUACUGUACGGAAGAAGGCUUCCCUUCACCGAGUCCUCCUAUGGACGAAGUCAUUCGACUAUGGGACGACACUUUUAAACCCGUGCAACAAGAGGCCGAAGCCCUGAUGCUCCUGGCCAACGGGAAGGCCGUUAGAGCUCCCAUGAACCAAGAAAACGCUCAACCUCCCGCAAACGGAUAUCGACGACCAAGUUCCAACACUUCCUACAGUCGGACACAAUCUGUUUCACCCGCUCGCGCUUUGCCUCCAUCUCCCUCUCACGAUACGAAACCCAAAAUCUUCUCGUCGCCCGGUAACGCUUUGCUGAGCCCGGGGACCUCUCAAGACGUUUGUCCCAGUCCUUCUCCUCAAUCAGCAUACCAGACCCCCCUGGCUUACUCUCCCGCGGGCCCCAAUGCCGACUAUUUCUCUCGAGAUCGGCAACCCUCAGCGACCUCCGCUGCAUCAUCUGCGACCGCAGCAUCGAUUGCCCAGAAGAAGAGGCCUCCGCCGCCACCCCCGCCGCGACAACCCUCGCAGCAAUCAUUGUUCGUCACAGCUCUGUACGACUUCGAGGGGCAAGGGGAAGGAGAUCUUGUUUUUCGCGAGGGGGAUCGAAUCCGGGUUCUAAAGAAGACUGAGAGUACUGAUGACUGGUGGCAAGGGGAGCUGAGAGGGGUAAAAGGGGCUUUUCCUGCCAACUAUUGCCAAUGA